AUGGAUGUGCCAGGCGAGCAGCACGUGAAAGUAUGUAUAGAUGAGUUAAGCGCUGUGGCGACUGCGUGGUUGGCCCAGAAUCCCAAGCAAUUGGAGCUUAAUGCAGCUCUCAAAGACUUCCAGGGCCUUUAUGAGUUGGCGCCCCAGAAUCCUGGCAACUUAGCGACAGAUGGGCGCAGGCGGUUCGCACGCCUGCAGCCCCUUGCGAGCUUUGUUGCGAGCCUGAAAGGAUUUCUGCAUGAUACAUUGAUACCGACUGCAAAGUCUUGCGUGCGUAAAGUGUCUCGGGUGGUCUCGCCUUAUUUUGGAGGUGUGCCGCUGCACGAUCAUAGCGACUCGCUGCCUAGUGUGGUGAAUGAAUCAUUAACAUUCGCAAUUCUCAACCCUGGAAGAAUUGGGCUCUCCACAGUUGCCGGUGAAGACAUUUUGUGGUGGCGUUUGUUUCAUAUUUGUUCUGUGUUGGUAGAGCGAAAUAUCCAGAUUUGUGUUUUGCCGGGGGCGAGAUGGCCACCUGGUAGCACACUGCCACCUGGAAUUCCCUUCAAGUGGCUGGGCGUGCAAACGUCUUCCUGGGGAGCAGUUGGGGUCCUGGUGGCUACUGAGUUGGACACGGAAGUCUCAUGUAUUGAACAGUUGGGGUCCUCAGUGAUUUUGUGGUUACUAGUCCGCGGUAGUGACCGCACACAGGGGCCAGCUGUCAUUCUGGGAGCGAUCUACCCCAAGCCAGGAGGCGACCUGGAAACAUGGCAGCAGAUCUUGGAUGAAUACCAGCAUCUAAAGACGUGCUACCCAGGAACUCGUAUCUUGAUCGCAGGGGAUGCCAACAUACACCUAGAGACGGUGGUCUCUCACCAGGCAGAGUGUCGUUGUGUACACUGCCGCCAGAGCUCCGUGGACAGAGAAAUUGAAAGACGAAUUGUUGCCGCGGGCCUCGUCUGUUACAACCCGCCUAAACCCACGCAUGUAAGCGGCACAACUAUUGAUCUGGUGCUCGGGGCAGGUGAUGCGAAUGUCCCGGUCGAAGUUAUCGAGGAAUCUGUGGGUUUGUCUGAUCAUUUUUUGGUUAUUGCCAGGUGCCCUGCAAGGCUCCAGGCUUCGUUUCCUACAUCUGUGGGCCGAGUCAUGUGGGCACUGUCGUCCGAGUGGGAUACCGUUUGUGAAGAUGCUAGCUCGGCUUUUGCUUUGGCUGUCUGCGUCAUAUCUGAAGCCCAGAAUGAGAUUGAUGAGUUUGGCCAUAACAUGCCGAUCAAACGCAAGCGUGCCGUUUUGGAUGCGGGAGCUUGGAUUCGCGAAGUUUUCAUUUGUAUCCUUGGCCAUUGCGCAGGCUUAGUGUACGCCAGGAAAGGAGCCCAGAAAGAGCAACCUUGGACGGCAAGUUUCCCACAGGUUCAAAAUUUCGCUUCUUACGAUGAUUAUAAGCAUGCUGUUGCUGAAUUUGAUGCAGCCACGAAACGAAGAUGUGUCAACAAGUUCUUGUCACUGCUGGCGUCCAACCCCAAUGAAAGCAAGAGGUUCCUUUCUUCCUGGUUUAAGAAGCCCAACGAUUUUCAUAUCCAUCUUACAGAUGAAGACUCCGACCAGUUGCUCAGUACACAGGAGGCUUUGUUGGAAAUACAGCAGGAUUUGAUCGAUAGAGCAGACAACGAUUUCCCACAGGAUCCUGGGUCGGCACAGGCGCUACGCGACACCGUGGUUGCCAUUCGCCGGUUUGGUGCACCCGCCCGGGGCAUUCCCGGCAUCAUGGUUGUCCCGACAGUCAACACUGGCACAAACACUGCACUGUAUAGUUGGUCUGAGUUUGAAGCUGUUUUGGCCAACAUCAAAGUCAAGAAGCAAAGCGCAUAUGGACCAUUGGCAGCAGUGAAAGCUGCUGCUCCCGCCGCUCGUGCAUUGACCUUUGCUUUAGUCAACCUGGCAAGGGUUUGCGAGCUGACUUCUUCCCUUUGGUGUGUCAGGCGUAUUACGCCUUUGCGUAAGAAGGGACCUAAAGUGGUUAGGAAGAUUGUAAACCUUCGGCCUAUCAGCAUCGCUUCGGAUAUUGCGACUGUCCAAGACGCUUUGUGGCUAGGUCGGUGCCAACCAGUGUUGGAAAAUUUCACUGGCUGUAAUCAACUUGGUGGUAAGUUUGACACAAUGUCUGUGGUGUUGGCAGUUGUGCUUCAUGUCCAAAUCAGGCACAUGCAAGACCUGAAGACAUACCUGCUUUUUGCAGACCUGCAGGCUGCAUAUGAUACAGCUGGCCACGAUGCCCUAUUGGCGGCUUCCUAUUGCGCGGGUGUUGUAGGUGUUGAAUGGAAUUUGCUCUGGGAUUUUAUUCACAUGGAUUCUGCUACGGUGUCUCUCAGUGGGCUGAUCUCUGAUGCUGUCAAGUUUCGUGCUGGUAUCCCGCAAGGUAAGCGCUUCGCUGUACAUGUUUUCACUGCACUCAUGAAUCUUCUUCGCGAAGUGUUGACGUCGUUUUGCGUCCCUGCCAUGACUAUCCUGCCCCCAUAUGCAGCAGAAGCAGUGUCGGGCCUUUGGACGGGCCUCACGCCAGUCCCCGAGAUCUGCAGAUUGAGCCCUUGCUAUUCUGCGCCUCAAAUUGUUUUGAGAUUGCGCUCGCUCCGUGAUGAGGGUGUUGACCUCGCGUUCUGCAGAAGAGUAGCCAUUCAUGAUAUUGCUCGCCUUCGUGAUGUCAGUGAGCGCCAGCAUGUGGUGGAGCUCCUUGGUCACUCCCCACUGGGGGCCCUACUGUUUGUGGAUGAUGUGGUUGCUUCUUUUGCGUCUGAAGUCACUGUCUGCCAUGCCGCUACGGAGGGUUUGCAGGCCUACGCUACUGCUGUUAAAGCUCAGUUCAAUAUGGGGCCUACGAAGACUGCUAUCAUGCCGUGCUUCAGUGCCCCAGAUGUGCCGCUUCGCAGCAUUAUGUGUGAGAACUACAAGCUGUUAGGGGUCCAAUUGGAGAGAGAUUUUUCCUUCAAAGCCAGGGCCGAUUUCAUAUGUCGCGCCGGGCAGGGCUUGUUCACCGAACUUAAAGGCGUGGCAGGCCAAGCAGGCUUUCCGCCGCCAGUACUCUCCAUUGCUGUCAUCGAGCGCAUCGAGCCGGUGAUGUUAUAUGCCGCUGAACUGUUACCUCUUGUGCCGGACAUCUACGGGAAACUUAACACACUGCAAGCGUCUUGGGCUAGAUCCAUCCUGGCAGAUAAGGCUGGUGCGGCUAUUAGGGGUGUCUUGGCAGUGGCAACGGUGGGAUGGAGCCUCCGGCUUGCGUCAAAGGCAAAGAUCCGCGCUCUUGUCUAUCUGGCCAAAAUCCACCUGCUGCCUCUUGAGCAUCCCGUUGCUCGUAUGACAGCCCUUGCCCAGACGUUGGUGUCUGGCACAUGGCUGCAUGCGGUGCAGGAUCUCCGAAGACAACAUGGGGACUUGCCGCUAUUGCAAGAUUCUGGAGUUUGCAAUCAGGAAGAAGUGCUUGCAGCCAGAAUGGACAAAUCGAUCCGGAAGAGUAUUUUGGCAGCUUACAAAAAGCAUGUGGUGGCACCCUUUUUCAUUGGUUUGGACAACAAAGAGUUCCAAACAGCCGCCGCUAAGGACCUUCCAAGCCUGGGGGUCUGCUAUUCUGAUUUGUGUCCCCUGCGGCUUGAUCAGGGUUGGGCUGGGCUGCUUCGCGCGGCUCCGUUUAGUUUGUGGGGUGCUGUCCAACUGUGGGCCUUCGUUCGCCUCACGGGCUUGUGGCCGCUACAGCUGGUUGCAGGAUCGCAGGACCUGCAAAAUAUUGUAGCCUUCCCUAGGUGCCCCCUGUGCCAAGCGGAGGAUGCCACCGUAACGCACUGUUUGAAGUACUGCCCUGCCACCCGGCCACACUUGGAAGAAAGUGGUCUGACGGAGUGCCUGCCUGUUGGCUGCUCUGACUAUGAGUUCGUCAUGCUGCUUUUCCACUCCAGCACUAACACUGAGGUUGACGUCCUCAGGGUGCGCUUUGUAGGCUUUGUGGUAAGGCAUACAAUACUGUGCUACCUGGAGACCCUGUGA